AUGACAGAAGAAGACGAAUAUUCUUGUGUCAACAAAACUCAACUCAAGAUUAAGGACAAUUCUGGAAUAAAAAAGAAAAAGAAGAAAAAGGCUAACAAGGAGACUGAAAAAAUAAUUGAAAAUGAAGUUAAACAACAAUUAAAGCAACAAUCCAAUCCAAACUCCAAGACUAAAGCUGAAUUAGCAUUCCAGAAAAUGCAAGAAAAAAUGCAAAAGCAAAGGAUUCUACAAAAAGCUGAAAUGACUCAUAAACAGAGAGUAGAGAAGUUCAAUCAACAUCUAGACAGCUUGACUGAACACUUUGAUAUUCCCAAAGUAUCUUGGACUAAA